AUGAUUAUAAAAAUAUACAAGGUCGAUGCCUUUACCGAUCAAUUGUUUGGUGGCAAUCCGGCGGCCGUAUGCCCAUUAGAUGAAUGGUUGCCUGAUUCAUUGAUGCAAAAGAUCGCCGCUGAAAAUAAUCUUUCUGAAACGGCUUUCUUUGUGCCUAAUUCCAGCAAUGAUGGAUAUGAACUUCGUUGGUUUUCACCCGAACUGGAAGUAAAUCUAUGUGGUCAUGCGACAUUAGCGACAGCGCAUAUUAUUUUUACUGAAAUGACUCCUAGAAAAGAGGAAAUCAAAUUUCAGACCAAAAAAGCUGGUGAACUUAUAGUUACUCGCCAAAAGGAGGAUGCUUUAUAUGUUCUCGAUUUUCCAGCUCGUCCUGGACACAAAGCCGAUUUGCCUGAUAGAUUGUUGUCAGCAUUACACAGUGAAAUAGCUCCCAUUGAUGUUUAUAAAGCGAGAGAUUAUUUGCUCGUUUAUGAAAACGAGGCCGACAUCAAACAAUUGUCACCAGAUUUUAUGGCAUUAAGCAAAAUUGAUGAUGUUUUUGCCGUGAUUGUUACAGCUCCUGGUGAUGAAGUCGAUUUUGUUUCGCGAUUCUUUGCUCCAAGCGCUGGUGUUCCUGAAGAUCCUGUUUGUGGUUCGGCACAUUGUACUCUAACUCCUUAUUGGGCAGAACGAUUGGUACAAACGUAA